CCGCAGUGUUUACAGGGGACUGUGUACUGUUCGCCGAGCCCAAGGGGAGGAGGAAGAAGCGCGAGCCGAGCGGAGCGCAGCGCAGCACGAGCCCCCGAGCGGGAGAGCGAAGCAAGCCGGCGCGAGCCCAACGGACGAAAAGGCCGAGGCCACUGCCGCCAUGUACCGGGCCCUCUACACCUUCCACUCGGCCGAGCCGCAUUCGCUGCACUUCACGGCCGGCGAGAGCUUCGUUAUCCUGGAGCGGAGCAAUCAGCACUGGUGGCUGGCGUCCAAGAGCAGCACCGGGGAGGUGGGCUACAUUCCCGCAUCGUACAUCCGCAAGGACGAGUCAAAUCAGCAUGAUCUGGUCCUACAGUCAAUUGACCGAGCAAUCGAGGCAAUUCAUAAUGCAGCAAUGAAAGCUGGUGGCAAAUACAACCUGGAACAACGUGAAGUUCUACAGAAAUUAAUUCAUCAUCGAAAAUUUACUGUUGCUCGAAAAGACCAAAUUAUGAGCCAGCAGAAGGUAAAUUCCAAGCCUAAUAUGACUGAGAACCAGGGAGAAACAGAUCACCAGCCAGGUAGACAGGCCAAGAUCCUGCCUGAUCAUUGCCCUUUUCUGUCAGAGUCACAGUCUCCAGAAGGCACUGUUUACCAGACCACAGCUCAACACCGAUGUGCAGCUCCUGUGGCUCCACAACAGCAUGACAAACCAGGGGAUUUGUACCCUUCCUCGUCACAUAAGCAAGAGACUGUAGAAGAUUCCCCACAGAAUGUGUCAACAAUUUCGUCUGUGAGUACAGCUUCCCUUGAUACCCUGUAUACUGGCUCCUCUAACUCGCCUGAACUGCAGCCGUCCACAGUCACUUCCAGUCCUUCAACAACUCCUCCACCCCUCCCAACUCGAAGCACUUUUUCUGCUCCUAAGUAUCCAACCAGCAUCCCUCCCCAUGGAGACGCCAUACCGGGACAUCUGAUUGAUGCCUACAAUCCCAGUGGCUCGAUACAAGCGUCCACUCUUAUCGACUUGAAUGCUGAAAAUGUGCACUGUGCAAGUCAGGACAAAGAAACUGCAGUGGAUUCAUCAUCUGAAGUGGAGGCAGGCCAGCCUGUUGUCUCUGUUCCCAAAACCAUUGGAGCCGAGCUGAUUGAAUUGGUUCGUAAGAACACAAAUCUCAGCUAUGAGAUGUCACGGGUGGCAAUUGGUGUGAUGGUUGGACACAUUCAGAGUUCUGUCCCGGCAGUGAUGGAUGUUAUGGAGCAGAUCUUGCUGUCGUUGGUGGAGAGCAAGGACCUCAGUUCAGCAUUACCCAGGGGUCAAGUUUGUCAGGAUGAACAACGGCUUGAAGUAAUCUUUGCUGAUCUGGCAAGGCACAAGAAUGAUACUCAGCAAAGGAGCUGGGCGUUGCAUGAGGAUGAGAGCAUCAUCUCCUGUUACUUGGAGGAGCUGCUGGGUAUUCUGACUGAUGCAGAUCCAGAAGUCUGUAAAAGAAUGAUAAAGAAGAAUCACUUUGAACCAGUUCUCUCACUCAUUGCUUAUUAUCAGAUGGAACACAGGGUAGCAUUGAGGUUGUUCUUACUGAAAUGCUUUGGAGCCAUGUGCAAUUUGGAUGCAGCCAUCAUCUCCACGUUGUCAAACUCUGUUCUACCAAUGGAACUUGCACGGGAUAUGCAAUCUGACACCAAAGAGCACCAGAAGCUGUGUUACUCUGCAUUGCUGCUGACCAUGGUGUUUUCCAUGGGGGAGCCAUUACCAUAUCAUCAUUAUGAACAUCUGAAUUCAGACUUCAUUCAGUUUCUCCUGGAUGUGAUUGAGGACGGACUACUCUCUGAUUCCACUGAACAGCUUCCAGACUUGUUCACGAAUGUGCUGCUUUCUUUCAAUCUCCACAUGCUUGUGCCAUCGAACAAUAUCAUCAUGAAAACACUAACUAAACGGGAAAAUGUGAAGGUGUUCACUGAAAAGUUACUGCUUCUGUUAAACCGAGCAGAUGAUCCAGUUAGUAUCUUCAAGCACCAGCCCCAACCACCACACUCAGUUCUCAAAUUUCUGCAGGACGUGUUUGCGGACAAAGAUACGGCGAGAAUUUUCUACCGAACUGACAUGAUGGUGAUGAUCGACAUAAUCGUGCGGCAGACUUCUGACCUCUCACCGGGAGAAAAGAGACUGACUGGCACAAAUCGAAGAAGAGUAACCAGCUUCAAAAUUCGGAACCAAUCCUCUGUUAUCAAGAUCAGAAUGGAGUACCUCUCACUGAUGCACGCCAUCAUCCGUACAACUGAUUACACGUGCCACCGACACCGCCUCUCCGAUCUACAGGGCACCUUCCAGCGAAUCUUGGCUGAGGAGGAAAAUGACCAGGCAUGCCAGAUGGACAAACUGAUCAUCAACGAGAUUUGCAAAGAAUUUCCAGAUUUUGCCAUUGAGAACUAACUCAGGAUCAUUGUGCCAAAGGAGUUUUCAGGAUGCAAUAUGCAAACACUUGAAAGAUUUGUUGGUGUGGUCUAUUGCUAAAUUCUGAUCCCCAUUUGACAGUGUGCUUUUUAUCUGCAACUGAACUCAAAGCCUUUUGCAGCCUUGGAAAAGGUUCUGAAUCCUGUCUUCCCCAUUUGCUACAGAAAUGGAGGAGCAUUGUGACUGACCAUUGUUGCUAGACUAUAUAGAUUGCUGUUGUGUCCAGAAUAUCAGUAACUCUAAAGUAGAAGAGCUAUGCCAUGGCAAUAACCACUGAACAGGGAGAGUAGAAUCUUGAUUGAGAGAGUUUAAUGGACUUUGGCAUCUAACAUUUCUCAAGUUUCCUGUAGCUCAGCUGACCAGCCAGAUCUUUAGCGUAGCAGUUAGAAUAUUCCACAAAAUGCCCAUCUGGACAUAUAUAGUGGGGAUACCAUGAGUUAUAAAGCUGCAAUGAGUUUUGGGCAUUCCAGGCAUAAUCUAUGAGAAUAAAAUUAUAGCAGUUUGGUGAUCUCACCUUAACUUUGCUAAAGUAACAUCCACCUCUGCAUAUUUGUGAUUGGAAAUGAAAAGGUUUAGCAGAUUAUUUACUGAAUGUUAAGUUUGCAGUUCUGGUGGAGUUGACAGCCGUCACUCUGACAGCUUGUUAGAAGUGUUAGCAGUUGUGGUGGGAACAGGGUAACAUGCUACAGUCUGCCAGGGUCCUCACAGUGGCACACACUACUUGAGUGAGUGGUGUCAAUACUUUUCUCUGGGAUCUCAGUGUCAGGCAACUAUAAAAGAAUGUAGUGUUCAGGGAUUUCAUUUACUGCCCUCAACAGUGUGAGGAAGAGGGUAUGGUUGGGGACUCCACACCAAUCUUGACUGUGUGCGCUCAGGAUCAGAUUAAAGACAGGAGUGUAAUUGGAGGCGAGUUGAUCAGUCACCUGGGAUUUUGAUCAGUCCUGCCAUUUCCUGUUUAACAUACUGCCCACAAUUGGCUGCUGCUGUUUGACAGGGCAGUGUCCGAAUGCACCACCUUUCUGCUGCUGUAUCAUCUGCAUAGGUAGCAAGGAAACAUGGGAAUGAAUCAGGAAAAUUGAAUGUUAAGUAUUGUGGUAUGAUCUGACUGCGGCUCAAAGGCCACUCAAACAUGGCUCUUCUUUAUCUGUGUGGACAUGUGCUCUGGGUGUGCCAGCAGCUUUCUGUGUCCAAACUCUGUUCAGUUUUCUCUGGCUCACACUGCUGUUUACCAGGUUUAACAAAGUGCUUAACAUUUAAAUAGCCUUAAAUUAAUAGUGAUAAAGGUGUUGGUCUGGGGUAGAGUGAGUACACAGUCACUGACUGCCUGCUCGUGUUCGUACAGAGUAGGAGCAAACCAAGCUGUACUUUGACCUCUGAACAGAUCGGCAGUGAGGUUAUUGGUGGGCCCGUUACCUGCAGGUACUCACCCCUCCCAGCUUCCAGUGCUACUUGUUAUUCAGUAUUUCCCUAUUAUUUCUCUUCGUUAUAAUUAAAACAGCUACAAACAUGGCCUUCACUGUGUGAUCUUUUCCUAACAGCAGGUGUCACCGGUUUCUCAAGAAAUUG